GCUUCAACUUCUGAGAGUGCUUAUCAGAUGAAUCAGGCAGCGGUCAAGAAGAAGAAUGCUAGUGCUGAUGUUGUUCAUGGGUGGUUAUAACUUUCAUAUGAUUUUUGUUUCUUGUUCUACACUUAUUUUACUCGGUUGUUGUUAUAUUUGCUUUAGUAACUAUAUGUAAAAACUUGAGGUCUGUUAGCUUGCAAGAACAUGGUACUUCAGGCUUAUCUAUUUUCUUUAGUGUCUUUCCCUUCUUCUUAAAUCUUAGUUUGUGAUAUUCUCUUUUUUAUGUUUUUUCUUUCUUCUACAUUACCAGUACUACGACGAAAAAGGUAUCAAGAAUGCCUGGUGGAGGACUACGCCAGUUCAGUGUUAUGGAUGUUGGAGAGUAAGGGCAGCACCACAUAUGCUGAGGUUGCCGAUGAAAUUAUAGAAGAGUUUGCCGCCACUCAGAGUAAUAAAGCAGGAUCCUUGGAUGAGUUCCACGAGAAGAAUGUUCGACGACGGGUAUAUGAUGCAUUAAAUGUACUUAUGGCAAUGGAUAUUAUUAUGUGGGAAAAGAAAGAAAUCAGGUGGAAGGGACUUUCUACUACACAAACAAAGGAUUUGGAAGAACUUAAGGCACUGCAUGUUCAUUUAAUGACAGGGAUUGCAAAGAAGGCAGCCUAUUUGAAAGAUUUAGAAGAACAAAUUGCAGGUCUCCAGAAUAUAAUCGAACGAAACCAGCAAAUGCUCAAGAACAAUAGUGCUCUCAAAGAAGGAUUUACCUUACCAUUUAUUCUGGUUCAAACUAGUUCCAAUGCUACUGUUGAAAUUGAGAUUUAUGAGGACAUGCAACUGGUACACCUUGACUUCAACAGUACACCAUUCUACUUGCAUGAUGAUGCUUACCUUCUGAAGUUAAUGCGGCACUACCAACAACCAGAAAGUAGAAAUAUUUCGCAAAGUCCUUCAAUUCAUUCAUCUUCAAGCUCUUGCAAGGCAUCUGGAGUCAGCAAACCUUUUCACUAGAAUUCUGAAAUAGACAGUUAGAAGAUGGUAAGUCAGGAAGAUGAAUAGAAUCACUAUAGCCCCUAACAAACACAAGUAAAAAUGAAUCCACGGUACAGUGUUAUUUAAUUAAAAAAGGUAUGUGAUUAUUUUGUAUCUCUUACGAGAUCUUUGGAUAUGGUUUUCAGCUAUGGUUUGGGGGGAAGGCUGGGGGCUUGUGUUUGGUUUUUUGAGGACCUAGUGGAGGAAAUGCGUAAAAUACUGAAAUGGUAUAAAAUUUUUUAAGUUUA